GGCGGUUCAAAUCAAGUCAGAAACGUUACGCACCCCGACCGGCAAUAGUAGCAGUGGCACAGUGACCCAGACCACAGCGACAACCGCUCCUGCUUCCAACUCGGGAGCUCAGGGCUGGUCAAGCAAGCUUUCUGAGGCUGGAUUCAUCGCUUUGGCCGUCACCUUCGGCAUGGUCGCCUUCCUAUAA